AUGUACAACAUCUACCGCAACGCUGCCAGAGAACCAUCGCUCAGGAGCACGCCUACGUUUUUCCAGCAGAAAUGGGCCGCAAAAUCGAGAGCCCGCGCGUACCACGGAGAGCACAUUCCUGAGAAGAAAUGGGUGCGCCUGUUCUCACCACGCCUCAUGUCGGCAGUCGACAUGCCUCCCGAAUACUUGGCCGCGCACGAUGGCUCUGAGCAGGCAGCUGGUCGUGGCUCUGGCUUGAGUACAUUGAAUGUUGACGCGCAAAAAUACUCGCGGGUACCCGUACCCGUUGUCAAACAGGAGAAGAUCACCCAACCCAACGAUCUCAUUUCCAGACAAGUUCACGAAAUGACCCCUUACAUGCAAAUGACAUUUGCCCCUCUCGAGAGAAGACUGGACACGGCCAUCUUUCGUGCCAUGUUUGCAACCAGUGUGCGACAAGCACGCCAGUUUGUACUGCACGGCGCAGUCAAGGUCAAUGGCAAGAAGCUACUGCAUCCUUCGUAUCAAUUGAACCCCGGCGAUAUGUUUCAAGUCGAUAUCGAAAAGGUCAUGUACGCCACGGGAGUACAAAAGUCCAAUAAGAAUAGCUGGCCUGGUCUGGAACAGAAGAUCGCAUUCAGAAAGCAGAGAUCGGAGCGCGAUUACAAGAUCCAGGCUGAAAAGCAUGCGGCUGCUUCAGAGGGCCAGGAUGAGGGUCAAGCAACGGCUGAGGUCUCCGAGGCUGCUGCUGAGGAAGGAGAAGCUGCCGAAGGAGAAUCUGCCAAAGGCGAAGCUGCGUUGCCAGAGCUGUCGGCGGAGGCUCAACAGAAAUGGCAACGAAACGAAUUGAAGGUGUUUUUGCGACGCUGCAAGGGUGUCCUAGCGUCAGAAGCGAAGAACCUCACAGCGACUGAAAAACAGAACCUGCGUCUGCUCCGGUCAGAUGCGAAGCGACUCCUAUCGCGCCCUCAGGAUAGCGAGUUGGAUGUCUCUGAGCUGAUGCAAGAGCUUCAACUUGUCAUCAAGAACCAAGAAAUUCUGGCUCAGCUGGAUACUAAGACGGCUGCCCAAGGAGAGUUGAUGGAAGGCGGUGAGACGGCCGCAGAGCCGGAGUACAAUCGGGAGAAGCAAUACCGUCAGACCCUGGACGGUCUGUCAGAGACACAAAAGGAGCGAGCAAAGGAGAUUGUUGGCAGUGCGCGGUUAUCCAACGAUGAGAUGCGCAAGCUUAAGGCGCUAUUGCUGGCCGACGAGGAGAACCCUGUGGAUGAAACAAAGCCGUAUGCGACGCCAUGGGCGCCUCGGCCGUUUAUGGCGGCAUUUGCGUUUAUCCCCAAAUACCUCGAGGUUAAUCACGAUAUCUGCGCAGCCGUCUAUCUACGCCACCCAGUAGCGAGAAAGGGACGGGCCGAGGUUCCGACACCUUUCAGCUACAUUACGAACCAGUUGGCUCACAACUGGUAUCUGCAACGUGGGUAA